AUGGAUCUGCCAAACCAUGCCAAACAACUGCUGCUUCAGCUGAAUCAGCAACGAGCCAAAGGUUUCCUGUGUGAUGUCAUCAUUGUGGUGGAAAAUGCCCUGUUCCGAGCUCACAAGAACAUCCUUGCCGCCAGCAGCAUGUACUUUAAGUCUCUUGUUCUCCAUGACAACCUGAUCAAUCUGGAUACCGACAUGGUCAAUCCAGCAGUUUUCCGUCAGAUUUUGGACUUUAUCUACACUGGUAAACUCUUGACAUCUGACCAGCCAGGAGAGCAGAACUUCAAUGCUCUUCUAACUGCAGCAAGCUACCUCCAACUCCACGACUUGGCAACUCUUUGCAGGAAGAAGUUGAAGCGUGUUGGGAAGCCAUUUGUUGGAAAGCUCGGCGUGCCCAGCAUAGGCCGGGUUGGAAGGAGUCACAGGCUCUCUGCUACCCAACUUGCUCACAUGCGAUUCUCUGGCUCAUCAGAUGAUAACAAGGGCUCCAACUCAAAUGAGCUUUCCAAUACUGCAGGGCAAGAUGAAGAUGUGUUUAUCAACAACUCUAACCAGGAGAAUAGCCACCCUUUAAAUCGAGGUACAGGGAGCAACAACAGCCUUCAUAACAGCACUAAUGGGAGUGACCAUGAGCUAGGCCUUGACCUUUCCAAGAAAAGCCCGUCCCUACCUGCACAGGAAGAGAAUGUACAAACAGAUAGUCGUGCAGGUUCUCCCCAAUCUGCCUCAGCAUCUGUAGCCAACAGUGCCUCAUAUGAAGAAUCCUCCCUCCAAAAAAGAGACAGUGAACCAAUGGAAGUGGAGGAAAACCACUCUGAAUCCGGGCCAAAGAAAAUCCUUCGCCACUGUCCCCGUAAAAAGGAGUGGGACAGGAAAGAAGGAGAAUUGUCUCCAGAGGAACGAGGGGAAUCUAUGCCCAAUGGAGUUAUUGUUGGGCCUAUGUCAAAAGAGAGAAAUUCUGGAGGAGGCUAUGCUUCAGAAAAGAGUUUCCAGUGUAAAGAGGAAGUGGAAAAUGGCAAAGACAACAGUGAGGAGAGUGGGCAUAGCGAGACUGAGACUGAACCUCCUAGUGCCAACUAUGUUUACCGACAAGAUGGAUUUGAGACUGUGCCAUUUGGAGACAACUUGUAUGUCUGUAUCCCCUGUGGAAAGGGGUUUCCUAAUUCAGAACAACUGAAUGCUCAUGUGGAAACGCACACUGAAGAGGAGCUAUAUAUCAAAGAGGAAGAUACCUACUGCAAAGAGGAAGCAGAGGAUCUGUCAACUCCCAACACUACCUUUCCAAAUGAAUCACGGCCAUUCAAGUGCUCAGUGUGUGAGAGAAGCUACAAGGAUCCAGCCACCCUUCGACAGCAUGAGAAAACGCACUGGCUGACCCGUCCUUUCCCCUGUAAUAUCUGUGGCAAAAUGUUCACACAGCGAGGAACCAUGACCCGCCAUAUGAGGAGUCACCUGGGCCUCAAACCUUUUGCUUGUGACGAGUGUGGGAUGCGCUUUACAAGGCAAUAUCGACUGACCGAGCACAUGCGUGUCCACUCAGGGGAAAAGCCCUAUGAAUGUCAACUCUGCGGGGGAAAAUUCACCCAGCAGCGCAAUCUGAUCAGUCACUUGCGUAUGCACACCUCCCCAUUAUAA